AUGAACCAGAGGGCCAAGACCUACCGAAAGCUGCACGACAUCCCGGAGGAGUGGGGAACGGCCGUGAAUGUUCAGGCGAUGGUCUUCGGCAACAUGGGCAACGACUGCGCAACGGGAGUUGCCUUCACCCGCAAUCCUUCCAACGGCGCCAAGGAUUUCUACGGAGAGUUCUUGGUCAACGCGCAGGGUGAGGAUGUGGUGGCCGGCAUCCGAACUCCUCAGGAGCUCACGAUCAAGGCUCGCAAGUCGCACGGCAGCGAUUUGCCGUCGCUGGAGGAGGUGAUGCCCAGCAUCUUCCGAGAGUUGGAGACCGUGCGCCACCAGCUGGAGAACCAUUACAGGGACAUGCAGGACAUCGAGUUUACAAUCCAGCAAGGCAAGCUCUACAUGCUCCAGACCCGCACGGGGAAGCGCACGGCCCAUGCAGCCCUGCAGAUUGCGGUGGACAUGGCGAAUGAGGGGCUAAUUAGCAAGUCGCAGGCGUUGAUGCGCUUGAAGCCAGAUUUGAUCGACCAGCUGCUGCACCCAACGCUGGACCCCAAGGCAAAGAAGACCGUCAUUGCCAAGGGCCUUCCUGCUUCGCCAGGUGCGGCAGCUGGGAAGGUGGUCUUUUCGGCCGACGAGGCCGUGACACGCUCGGAGAACGGCGACAAGGUGAUCCUGGUGCGGAUUGAGACAAGCCCAGACGACAUUCACGGCCUCCACGCGGCGGAGGGUGUACUGACCACGCGUGGUGGGAUGACCAGCCAUGCGGCUGUGGUGGCGCGUGGCAUGGGCCGGCCCUGCGUGGCAGGUGCUGGCGAGGUGAAGGUCAACUACAGCUCCGCGUCCUUCGAGGUGACCGGGUGA